AUGAUUGGAAAAAAAACCGGCUUGAAAAGUAAUAACAAAAAUAAUAAAUCUAAAGUCAAUGAUAUUUUAAAAGUUAAGGCUUCUAAAGUUUCUUCUGAUAGUAGCGAAAAUGAUGAGGAAAGUACAGGCGAAUCCUCUUCUGGAAGCGAAUUAGACUCAAAAACAAAAAAAAUACUAUCAGCAACUGCUACUAGUAUUAACGACAGUGAUAAUUCUGACGAUUCUUCCGAAAGCGAAUCAGAAUCAAAUGGUAAAAAAAGGAUUAAAGAAUCCAGUGAUAGUGAAGACAAUGAGGAUAGUUCUGACGAUUCCUCUGAAAGUGAAUCAGAAUCAAAAAUCACCGAUUCCAAGGUUUCUGGUGGUGUAAAAAAUGACAAAGAAGAAUCCGAUAGUUCUUCUGACAAUAUUAAAUCAACGCCACAGGUUGUUAAACGAAAAAUAAAUGAAGAGUUUUCUAAUUCGAUCAAGAAACCAAAAAUCGAAUCAGAUUGUAAAACAGUGUAUGUUGGAGAACUGCCAUUGGAAGUUGAUGAUUAUACGUUACAACAAGAAAUGAAAGAGGCUGGUUAUGUUGUAAAGGCUCGGAUAAUGUAUGACAAAUUCUCGAAACAAUCAAAAGGUUUUGCUUAUGUUGACUUUGCCACUCCUCAAGAAGCUCAAAAUGCUUUAAAAUUAUCUGGAAAGAAAAUUAAUGGAAAAGCAAUAGUUGUCCGUCUUGAUGAAAAAUCAAACAAGAAUUCAUCUUUUCAGAAACCGGGUGGUGGUUCAAACUUUAAUAAAAAUUUAAGUGAACCUUCUGAUACAAUUUUUGUUGGAAAUUUAUCUUUCAAGGCUGAUGAAAACCAACUCGACCAGCUUUUCAAUGGAUUUGGCAAAAUUGUUUCAAUCAGAUUACCGACACAUCCAGACACAGGUAGUCUUAAAGGAUUCGGGUAUGUUCAAUUUUCUGAUAUCAAUGCAGCCAAAAAUGCUAUGGAUCUUCAGGGUACAGUAUUAGCCGGGCGUUCUAUCAGACUUGAUUAUGCUGACACAAAACAAAAAAAAAAUAAUAAUAAUUUUGGUAAUGCUGGUGGUCGUAAUGAACGUAAUAGUAGUAAUCGUGGCAAAUUUAAUGGGAGUUUUGGGAGAGGAAACGGUAGGAAUUUCGGUGGUAAUAAUAGAAACAAUAAUGUAAACUCUUUUUCGCCUGCAUCUGCAAAUCGAGGAGCUAUUGUUCCUGGUGGUGGUAAAAAAAUCGUAUUCGAUGAAUGA